AUGGAGGCGGAUUACGAAGCUGCUUACGUCUUUAACGCGCCCGCGUUGCCGACGCCACCGUCGUUCUGCGGUGAUACCCACGCGGAGAAGCAUCAGUUUAUGCGAGACUACGAGAAGUAUCGUGGUCAAAUCGAAGCGCUACAGGCCGCUGGCCAGCGACCGUUUCUAAUGCCGGUGUCAACAUGUAUUGAACCUGCCGAGAAGCGCAUGAUUGCGUACUGGGAUAUGGACGGCAGGGACCACAAUACUGUGACGGAAGUCGAGUGGCAAUCAUGGUUCAUGAUGGCUUACCAACAGCCACCCCCACUCGAGGUGGAUGACCUCGUGGAGAAGAUCAAGUCGAAGAUGGUGUGCGACGUGACCAUCUCUGAGGGCGACUCGCGCGUUGGCCGCAUGGUGCUGCAGCAUCUCGUUACGCGGACGAGAUUGCCCAGAACUGGAUUUUCGAUGUCGAACCGAAGCUGA